AUGGGAACGUCCUCACUCGGAUUUUGUCCGUUGUCGUCGCAGGAAGAGCGGGCUGGCUCUUCGCUGGUCCGGUUGCCCAGCAUCGAGACUUUGCGGUUGCCCCGGGUGCGCCGGUGCUCGCCGUCGGUCGCUAGACGUGCCCGCAUUGCUGCGCUCGUCCCGCCCGAUCAGCACGAGUCCAGUCAAGAAAAAACGGUCCACCGGGUUGACGCCUUGGAGGGCGGCAGACUGAGGGUGACCGUGCAAAGGACCAAACCCCUGCUGGGAAUCGCCAUCGAGGGAGGACACGACACUUCCCAGCCCCUGCCGAGGAUCAUUUCAAUUCAUCCAACAGGCGCAGCGAGCGAGGCAGGAGGCCUGGAGAAAGGGCAGCUAAUCACGGAAGUCCAGGGCGUUCCGACGCGAAGACUGAAGCACGAAGAGGUGGCUAUGAUGAUCGCGGACGCAUUCUACGGCUGCGCAGAGCGGGUGUCCCUGCUCGUGGAACAAGGACCUCCCCCACUCAUAAAAGUUGACUUGACCAGCGACGACUGAAAAAAAAAAACGGAAGUCUACCACCACAACACUGCGCUUCUUUUCAGCAGAACCAGUCUUCCGUUACAAUAGGAUUUAUUCAGCUCAUUUCAUUCGAGCUUUACUAGGCAUAAUGCACUAUAUAUAGCAACCACCUCUUGUAUUUCCAGAUCGCGGAUGUCUCAGCGCAGUGAGUGAAGUGCCAGCAACACAAUCAAUUGAUUGCGGUACUUAGAAAGGAACAGUAGGAAAAUUUUUAUACUGCUAUAGUACAGUCGAGUUUGACUGUAUUAAAAAAGUAAUUUGUGUUACUGAUCAUUCAAAUAUUAACCUAUCGUUAAGAUUGUGAAGACGAAAAGGUGACGCGCGUGGGCGCGCAUGAAAAUCUCGCACCAUGGCCCCACGUGCUGGCCGAUCUUCAUAAACCCUUUGUCUGUUCUAUCAUCUUGCUCUGUUCUGUGCUUCCUUCUCCCAACAGAAUCAUUUUAAGAGUGUAGUGGAGGUGCGGAGCCAUCCUCAUCCCCUACAUCGAACAUUAUCCCCGCUAUCAUCAUGCCAUACCGCCUCGUUCUGGCAGUCAUCCACAGCAGCAGAACAAA